AAAGCCUGGACACAAAAGGAGUUGCAGCAACUUGUAGAGGCCAGUGGCUUAAUUGAUUGGAAGAGCCAGACAAGCGGCCGAUACAUUCUCUUCUCUGCAACGAAACCAGCCUAAGGAUUUUCUUCUUUCGUAAUCUAGGCUUUUCUUGUUCUUUGUUUCUGUCGAGUUCCUCCGUUGUGAAUUUUGCUCGAUCUCUCAGAAGGAAUGGCACUCGUCCUCCUUAGGAGAAGGAUAAUAAUCAGGCGAGUGUAUGGUUUCAAGCAACAAGAACUUUGGUCCUCUAAUCAUCAUUUCGGCUUACAUCGUCACACGAGGUUCAUAACUACAGGUGCUCGAGAGAUGUACCAAGAACAGGAGAAUGAACAAGAAGACGAUGCGAGGACAACUUUAAAGAGCCUGGCGUGUCCUAUAUGCUUGCAGCCACUCUGGACAUCCAGCAAUGAAAGUGUGAGCGUUGAGAACGCUGCAAGCACUUCCUUCCGGUGUAAUGGCUGCCGGAGGAGCUACCACUCCAGCUCCCGCGGGAUCAUAAACUUGACGAUUCCGGGAGCUUGCGGUGUUCCACUCUCAGCGUCGGUGUUUGAGAAUCCGAUCGUAGCACGCUUUUACGACAAGAGCUACCGUGACCAGGUCUUUCAGCUCGUUGGAUUCCCAGGCUUUGACGAGGAGUUUACUAUGGCACAGGAGAUCUUGAGACCAUGUUUCGGGAAAGCCAUCAUGGACUUGAGCUGUGCCGGGGGCACUUUGACGCGAAAGUUCGCAGCCAGCAACGCGUACAAGCUCGUGAUUGCGUCGGACUACUCAGAAGCCAUGCUCAACGAGUCCUUCCACCUCCUCGCAGGCGAUCCAGACAUCAACGUCAGCAAAGUCGUGCUCGUCAAGGCCGACGCUGGAAGGCUGCCUUUCACAUCCUCCAGCUUAGCGGCUGUUCACACCAGUGCGGCAAUUCAUUGCUGGCCUCAGCCUCUCCAUGCCGUGGCCGAGAUCGCGAGGCUGCUCCAACCGGGAGGGAUCUUCGUAGCGAGCACCUUUCUAUUCCCUCUGCCGCCUCCACCGAUCGACAAGCUGCUGGAGCCUUUAAGACAGGCACUGGGGAGAAUGCAAUGCCCUCUACGCCUGUGGACGGAGCUGGAUUUGCGAGAGAUCGCCACAGCCAAUGGGCUCAUCAACUGGAAGAGCACGCGCCAAGGAGCCUUCGUCUUGUUCUCGGCAACAAAGCCGCUGUAAAAGACAUUGGAAACCAUAGAAUAUCCUCGCGCUUUUUAGGGUU